AUGGCUGCUCAAGUAAUCUCCAAUUCCGGACACGAUGAGAUGAUUCACGAUGCCGGCCUGGACUACUACGGCCGCAGAUUGGCAACAUGUUCAUCGGACAAAACGAUAAAGAUCUUUGAAAUUGAAGGAGAGACACAUCGGUUGAUUGAGACAUUGAAGGGACAUGAAGGAGCUGUGUGGUGUGUGGCUUGGGCGCACCCUAAGUUCGGAACUAUCCUCGCUUCCUCUUCGUACGAUGGAAAGGUGCUCAUCUGGCGCGAACAACACCAGAACGCCACGUCACCCGUCGCUGGCGGCGCUUGGACGAAGGUGUUUGACUUCUCUCUACACACUGCUUCAGUGAACAUGGUAUCCUGGGCUCCGCAUGAGAGUGGCUGUCUCCUGGCUUGCGCCUCCUCAGACGGACAUGUUAGCGUUCUCGAAUUCCGUGACAACAGCUGGACUCACCAGAUUUUCCACGCCCACGGUAUGGGUGUGAAUUCUAUCAGCUGGGCACCUGCCGCCGCCCCUGGCAGCUUGAUCAGCUCCAACCCUAGACCGGGCCAGCAGCGGAGAUUCGUCACUGGUGGAAGCGACAACCUGCUGAAGAUCUGGGACUACAACCCGGAAACCAAGACCUACAACAACACGCAGACUCUGGAAGGCCACUCCGACUGGGUCCGGGAUGUUGCCUGGUCGCCCAGCGUUCUUUCCAAGUCCUACAUCGCCUCUGCCUCUCAAGAUAAGACAGUCCGGAUCUGGACUUCCGAUGCGUCAAACCCUGGCCAGUGGACCAGCCAGCAACUCGAGUUCGACACUGUCCUCUGGCGCGUCAGCUGGAGCCCUAGUGGAAACAUCCUUGCUGUGAGCGGUGGCGAUAACAAGGUCAGCUUGUGGAAGGAAAACCUCAAGGGACAAUGGGAGAAGGUAAAGGAUAUCGAGGAGUAG